UUUUCCUCUGCUUCCGUUUUACACAAACUCUCUUUAUUUGCCCCAUUUACCCAAAAUGCCUGUUGCUGAAAUUCGCCUCGCCGCGACCUUCAUCAACAGGACCAGCCAGGACGUCUCCGUGCCGCUCAACGGCGUCAAGGCUGCCGCGCAGAAGAUCAUGCAAAGGAUGCAGCAGAUCGGGUACUCGACGGCCGAGUGGAAGAAGAACACUCUGACGCCCAGCGUUGCUGACUCUGCAGCCAUAGAGUGGAUCUUUGUCGUGGAUAGCCUGAACUUUUCGUUCUGGACCGACAAGCCGCAGGCAAACCAGUACACAGUGUCACUUGACGGCCAGGCGUACCGCGCAGUGAACCGGGCCAUGCGCGAGGGCAUCCCUAUCACCGAUGCAGCGUACUGUGCAGGCAUUACAAGAGAGCAAGUGUCGUACAUCUUCAGGACAGAUGAUACUGAAACUCAGGAGCCGAUUCCAAUGCUGGAUGAGCGUGUAAGUGUGCUGAACGAGGUUGGUCGGGUGCUGCUGGAAAAGUACCAGGGCAAAUUCUCUAAUGUUCUGCGGCAGGCACAGGGCUCGGCACAGCGCCUGGUGGAGAUGGUUGUGCGCGACUUUACAUGCUUCCGCGACGAGCACAUGUACAUGGAUAGGAUAGUGUGCAUUUACAAGCGCGCGCAGAUUCUGGUUGCCGACCUAUGGGCAUGCUUCGAGGGCAAGGGCCAGUGCCAGUUCGCGGAUAUCGAUAAUAUCACAAUGUUUGCUGACUACCGUGUCCCCCAGGCACUGUACCACUUUGGGGCUCUGAGCUAUUCGGAGCGGCUAUUCAACUACCUGGACGGCCAUCCGUGGGAGGUCGAGAUCAGGGGGAACAGCAUCUGGGCCGUCGAGCUCAUCCGGAGGCAGAUUACAGCGCUAGGCAUGCACGAGUUUGCCGAUGAGAUGAAGGGCAUCCCGAUCCACCUCACUCGCAGUGUGUUUUACUAGGCCGUAGACAAAAUGUAUUAGAUGAUUUCAACCUUUCGACAUUCACCCAGCUUGGCUAUUACACUGUAUCUCGUAGUGCCAGG